CGACAUGCUCGCUUUCCCUACGAGUGUGUUAGAGAGAGUCAGAAAGAAGAAGAAGCUGGCUAUAUUUGAGACAAAGAGCUUUUAUUUUGUACUUUCAGAUACAGACAGAUGCUGUGAGACAAAGCAGGAAACAAUCUUUGUAUAAUUAGUUUUUGCGAUGCUGGGACUUCCAUUUUGCCAAACAAGGACUUAAGUUACUGACAAUCCUUUAAAAAAGUCGUAUAAUUUGAUUUUACUUUCUGAAAGAGUUGGUUUUACUUUUUCAAGCAGUGGAUAUCUUUUUUUUGGAACACAAUCUCUUUUCACUAAGAGGAGCUUUUCUUUCGCACCUUUUCCUUCUCUUUUUACCACCCGUUGGUCUUUGGUUUAUUAGUUUUGGUGAUCAGGCACACAGAUUUUUAUCAUUAUCAAAGUUCCCAGGGCCAUGUAACCUACCGUCCCUUUAGCCCUGGAUCCCUCUCACCUGGUGAACUGAAUCACCUGCCAGUCAGACCUGAUUCCUCCCCCUCUGAGAGAGUUCUUUGAGCAUCGCAGGUUUCAGGACUCAGCUGGACUCUGCUGAGAUUUCAGCCAUGUUGCGUUGCGUUCUUCAGCGAGCCAACAACCUCAGACACUCUGACCCCCUGGCUAGUGUCACCUUCAGAGGGUCUAAGAAGAAGACAAAGGUCAUCAAGAACAACCCUAACCCUGUUUGGAACGAGGGUUUUGAAUGGGAUCUGAAGGGGAUUCCUCUGGACUCUGGAGCAGAGCUGCAUUGUGUUGUCAAAGACCAUGAGAAGAUGGGGAGAAACAGGUUCCUGGGGGAAAGCCGGCUGGCUCUCAGAGACGUGCUCAACUCUCCCAACCUGGCUGCCUCCUUCACCGUCUCCCUGCUGGACACCAAGAGAAACAACACAGGGGCCACGUUGACCCUGCAGGUUUCCUACAUGCCCCCUCCAGGAUCGGCUCCAAUCUUCCAGCCUCCUCCCCAGCCUGAGGCUCUGCCCCAUAACAACCCCAGUGUGGAGAUGGACACUGUCACAAUGAUUUCUCUGGACACUAUGGGCGAGGAGGAUACAGAGAGUAUGAUGAUGCUGGAGCCGACAGAGGACCAGGGUCCCGACGACGGACGCUCCAUGGUCAUCGUUGGCCCUCAGGGGCCCUCGGGCCAGGAGUCCCCCACUGCCCAGACACCUAAACGCUCGCCACCAUCCUACAACACCCAUGGAGGGCUCAGGAAGCGGAGGAGAGGAGCCAGCAGUCAGCCCAAAGCGCUGGCCAACAAACCACAGGACAUACAGGUUCGUGUGCGGGUCAUCGAGGGUCGACAGUUGCCGGGCAUCAACAUCAAGCCUGUUGUCAAGGUAACGGUAGCCGGGCAGACCAAGAGGACCCGCAUUAGAAAAGGCAACAACCCAGUCUUUGAUGAGACGUUCUUCCUGAACUUCUUUGAGACUCCUUCAGACUUGUUUGAUGAACCGAUCUUCAUCACUGUGUGUGACUCUUGCUCACUCAGAACUGAUGCUGUGAUCGGUGAAUUCAAGUUGGAUGUGGGCACUGUCUACAACGAGCACAGACACUGCUUCUUGAGGAAAUGGCUGCUGCUGUGUGACCCCGACGACCUCUCUGCUGGGGUCAAAGGUUACCUGAAGGUCAGCCUGUUGGUUUUGGCAGCUGGAGAUGAGCCACCGGCUGAUAAACGCGAGUGUGUGGAGGAUAAAGAAGAUAUAGAAGGAAACCUGUUGAGACCGGCUGGUCUGUCUCUGAGAGGAGCCACUUUCACCCUGAGGAUCUUCAGAGCCGAAGACCUGCCACAAAUGGACGAUGCAUUCAUGGAUGGGAUGAGGCAGAUUCUUGGGUUUGACAGCAACAGGAAGAACCUGGUGGAUCCUCUGGUGGAAAUCCACUUUGCUGGCAAAACUGUCUGCACUAAGAUUCUGGAGAAGAACGCCAAUCCACAGUGGAACCAGAGUCUGGCCAUGCCUAUUAGGUUUCCCUCCAUGUGUGAGAAGAUGAGGAUCAGAAUUCUGGACUGGGACAGAGCCAGUCACAAUGAUGUCAUCGGCACAUCCCACCUCUGCAUGUCUAAGAUCUCCGCCCCAGGUGGAGAGAUCGAUGAUGACUUGACUCCACGGACCUUCCAUUCUGGCAUUGAUGACAGUCUUGGUUUCCUGCCAACGUUCGGUCCAUGUUUUGUCAACAUGUAUGGCAGCCCCAGAGAGUUCUCGGCCUUCAACGAUCCACACGAAGCACUAAACUUUGGAAAAGGGGAGGGCGUGGCGUACCGAGGUCGAGUUUUAAUGGAACUGACUACAAAACUGGCGGACAAACCGGAGCCGAGAACUGAAGACAUACCAUCAGAUGACCUGCUGGUGGUGGAGAAGUUUCUCAGGAAGAGGAAGUUCUCUCUCUUCGUAGCGUUUUACUCGGCCACGCUCCUCCAGGACGUCGACGACGCCAUCCAGUUCGAGGUCAGCAUUGGUAACUACGGCAACAAGUUUGACUACACCUGCCUCCCUCUGGCCUCCACCACCCAGUUCAGCAGGGCUGUGUUUGAUGGUUGCCACUACUACUACCUGCCCUGGGGAAACGUUAAGCCAGUGGUGGUCCUGUCUUCAGAGUGGGAAGAUAUCAAACCGAGGAUCGAAGCUCUCAACAUGCUGCUGGCUAUCAUAGAGAGACUGGAGGCGAACCUGCAGCGGGUGCAGCUGGAUGUGAAGGCAGGCAGUGAUCUGGAGGAGGUGGAGCUCCGAGUGGUCGAGCUGUUGGAUCAGGUCAUCACAGACUGCAGUGAAGAGCUGCCCUCUCUCGACCAGUGGCAGUGUGCGACCCCUCUGGAUCGCUCCUUGAAGCACAUUCGUACUCUCCACCUGCAGCAGAUUGUUGCGGCGGCGCUAGCGCUGAAGCACGGACCUGCCACUGAGCUCUCCACAGUGCUGGAGCAGGCUGAGGACUGGGCCAGCAGGCUGAGGACCAUGGCCGAGGAGCCUCAGAACAGUCUUCCAGACAUAGUGAUAUGGAUGCUGCAGGGCGACCGGAGGGUGGCUUAUUACCGCAUCCCAGCACACACUGUGAUCUUCUCCCAGCAGCACUGUGGGAAACACUGUGGACAGCUGCAGACUGUCUUUCUCAAGUACCCACAGGGCAGCGGUGGAGAAGCCAAACUUCCUGGUCAGCUGAGGGUCAAAGUCUGGUUUGGAUUGGCUGCUGAUGUCAAACACUUCAACCAAUACGCUGAAGGAAAACUGUCAGUCUUUGCUGAGACGUAUGAGAACCAGACACGACUCGCCCUGGUGGGCAGCUGGGGAACUACAGGUCUGACCUACCCCAAGUUCAGUGACGUCACUGGAAGAAUUAAACUGCCCAAAGAGAGCUUCAAACCCUCGCCUGGCUGGACCUGGGCUGGAGAAUGGUUCAUCAGCCCAGAGAAGACACUGCUGUUUGAUGCGGACGCCGGUCACAUGACCUUCACAGAGGAAGUUUUCGAAAACCAGAUGAGGUUACCGGGCGGACAGUGGAUCGGCAUGCCGGAGGGGUACACUGAUGUGAAUGGAGAGAAGGCGGUGCCAAAGGAUGAGGUGGAGUGUCCGCCAGGUUGGGUGUGGGAGGAUGUGGAGUGGAGUGAAGAUCUCAACAGGGCUGUGGAUGAACAAGGCUGGGAGUACGGCAUCCCCAUCCCUCCAGACCGCCGUCCAAAGUCGUGGGUGACGUCAGAGAAGAUGUACCACACCAACCGAAGAAGACGAUGGAUACGAAUGAGACGACGAGACCAGCAGAAGAUGGAUGCUCUCAGAAAGCAGCGACCGGAUGAGGCGGAGAGGGAGGGCUGGGAGUACGCCUCACUGUUCGGCUGGAGGUUCCAUUUGAAGCCGAGGAAGACGGACAGCUUCAGGAGGCGCAGGUGGAGGUACCGCAUGGAGCCGCUGGAGAAGACGGGACCGGCGGCCAUCUUUGCUCUGGAGUGUUCUCUGAGCAGUAUAGAGGACAGGAACGAUGACAAGUCGGUCACAACCACGUUUGGAGUCAACAGACCGACCAUUUCCUGUUUCUUUGACCGUGGCACCCGCUACCACCUGCGCUGCUACAUGUACCAAGCCAGAGACCUGCUGGCCAUGGACAAAGACAGCUUCUCAGAUCCCUACGCCAUUGUGUCGUUCCUCCAUCAGUCCCAGAAAACAGUGACGGUGCGUAACACUUUGAAUCCCACCUGGGACCAGACGCUCAUCUUCUAUGAGGUGGAGAUAUUCGGCGACCCCGAGGUGACGAUGGCCACUCCGCCCAACGUCGUGGUGGAGCUGUACGAUUCGGAUACAUACGGUGCAGACGAGUUCAUGGGCCGCUGUGUGUGCCAGCCCUCCCUGACUGCCUCCCCCCGUCUGGCCUGGUUCCCGAUUCGCAGCGGGGACAAGAACGCCGGGGAGCUGCUGGCCGCCUUCGAGCUCAUACGCAGAGAAAAGCCAGCAAUUCACCAUAUUCCAGGUCAAGAGGGAGACAUCAUGACCUCCACCCACGUUCUAGAUGAGUUGAUGUUUCCAGGAUUCCUCUCUGAAAACCUGCAGCAAUGGCCGGAGGAGCCGGACCUCCCGUACCCGCCCCCUCAGAGAGAGGCCAACGUCUUCGUGGUUCCUCAGGGAAUCAAACCUGUUCUGCAGAGAACUGCCAUCGAGAUCUUAGCAUGGGGCGUUCGCAACCUGAAAAGUUUCCAGUUGGCCAGUGUUACCUCCCCGAGCCUGCAGGUGGAGUGUGGAGGCACCAUGAUCCAGAGCUGCGUCAUCCGCAGUGUGAAGAAGAAGCCCAACUUUGACGUCAAUAAGCUGAUCAUUGAUGUGAGGCUUCCCAGCGAGGAUCUCUACAUGCCGCCGAUUGUCAUCAAAGUCAUCGACAACCGUCAGUUUGGGAGGAAGCCGGUGGUCGGUCAGUGCACCAUCCGGUCGCUGGAGGAGUAUCGGUGCGUCCCAGAGGAGGAACAAGCGGUGGAGGAGGAUGAGGAGGAAUGGAGACGUGAGACGCCCCACUUAAUUUGUGGGGAGGUUUUUAUUGACAUCGAUGACGAGGAGCCGCUCGUGCCUGACCAGCUUGCAGAUGGAGCCAGUUCAGCUAUCAUUAACCUUUCCACCUCUAGUUCCAGCCUUCAUAUGUUACAAUGGGAAGAGGAGUUCAUGGACUGGUGGAGUAAGUUCUACGCCUCGACAGGAGAGAAAAACAAGUACGGGACGUACCUGGAGAGAGGCUUCGACACGCUGGAGGUGUAUGACCGGGAGUUAGAGAAGGUCGAGGGUUUCGAAGGUCUCUCAGAUUUCUGUCAGACUUUCAAGCUGUACAGAGGAAAGUCUCAGGAUGAAGGAGAAGAUCCUUCAGUGGUGGGAGAGUUCAAGGGUAUGUUUAAGAUCUACCCGCUGCCGGAUGACCCCUCCACUCCUCCUCCGCCCAGACAGUUCAAAAAGCUUCCUCCCAAUGGCCUCGAGGAGUGUUUAGUCCGAGUCUACAUCAUCCAGGCUCAAGGAUUGCAGCCCAAAGACGCCAAUGGAAAGUGUGACCCCUAUGUGAAGAUCACUUUGGGGAAAAAGACCAUCAACGACCAUGAAAACUACAUCCCCUGUACACUGGACCCUGUCUUUGGAAAGAUGUUCGAGCUCACCUGUUCCCUCCCUGUGGAGAAGGACCUUCGUGUGAUGCUGUAUGACCAUGACAUGCUGACCAAAGACGAGAAGAUCGGAGAGACGGUGAUUGACCUGGAGAAUCGCUUCCUGUCCAAAUAUGGAGCCAUGUGUGGCCUGCCGCAGUCCUACUGUGUAUCAGGGGUAAACCAGUGGCGAGAUCAGUUGACACCCAGGCAGCUGCUGUACAGAGCGUGUGAGCGUCAAAACCUGCGAAAGCCUGUCUACCAAGACGACGUAGUCCACUUCAGAGGAGACCAUUACACCGCUGCAGACCUCGAGGACAAAAAUGUGUCCAAACGUCACCUUGGCCCAAUUAAGGAGCGACUGUCCCUCCUCAUCUUGAGGAAAUUGGGAUUUGUACCUGAACAUGUGGAGACCAGACCACUGUACAGCCCAUUGCAACCUGACAUAGAGCAGGGGCGUCUGAUGAUGUGGGUGGACCUGUUCCCCAAGUCCCUGGGAUCACCUGGACCCCCGUUCAAUGUCACACCACGCAAGGCUAAGAAGUUUUUUCUGCGUUGCAUCAUUUGGAACACCAGUGAUGUCAUCCUGGAUGAUGUCAGCAUCAGUGGGGAGAAAAUGAGCGACAUCUACGUUAAAGGCUGGCUCGACGGACACGAACACAACAAGCAGAAGACUGACGUCCAUUACCGCUCUCUGGGCGGAGAGGGAAACUUCAACUACAGAUUCCUGUUUCCCUUCCACUAUUUACCAGCAGAGCAACUCUGUGUCGUUGACAGGAAGGAGCAUUUCUGGAGUAUAGAUAAAGCUGAGACUAAACUGACUCCUAAACUGACCAUCCAGGUGUGGGACAAUGACAAGUUCUCCUUCGACGACUACCUCGGUCACCUGGUGAUGGACCUGAACCACAUGCUGCGUCCGGCCAAGUCUCCCGAAAAAUGUAACCUGCAGCUGCUGGACCAGCCGGCGGACAAACUGGUGUCUCUGUUUGAACAGAAGACCGUCAAAGGAUGGUGGCCCUGCACCUGCGAGCAGAACGGAGAGAAGAUCAUCGCUGGGAAGGUGGAGAUGUCUCUGGAGAUCGUGACGGAGCAGGAGCAUGAGGAGAGACCAGCUGGCAACGGCAGGGAUGAACCCAACAUGAACCCUCACCUGGAGGAGCCUCAGCGUCCAGAGACCUCCUUCCUGUGGUUCUCCUCCCCCUAUAAGACCCUCAAGUUCAUCCUGUGGAGGCGGUUCAAGUGGUUCAUCAUCCUCUUCAUCAUCUUCUUCUUCAUCGUCCUCUUCUUAGGCGUCUUCCUCUACUCGUUCCCGAACUACGCUGCCAUGAAGAUGGUGGGACCUUUUGGACCAGCCAAGGCAGCAGAGUGAUGAUGCAAGAGAGCAGGAAAGUGGAAAGAAAAAGAAGAAGAAGAAAGAAAACACAAACAAGCUGAAACAAUGAAGAACUAUGUCGAGUUUCUAAAAGUGAAAUGGGGCUGAAUUGAACUGAUUUUCAUGUUAUUUUUCUUUCUGUUCUGUCAUCUGACUGUGUGUUCCAGAUAAGUUGACACUCUUUUGUACAGAUAAACCUGAUGAGCAAUAGUGCCCGAGGUUCACAAACGCCUGUGACAUGUGUGUGUGUGUGUGUGUGUGUCUCCAUUUGUGCCUUCACUGAUAGAUUUAUGCCUCACUGUCUCUCCAUUCAUCAGAAACACUGCAUUACCGUACCGAAUGCAUUUCCAAAGUUAUUAUCAGAUCUCAACUUGCGUCACCCGUGUCCUCAUCAUCCCUCUGUCACCUCUUUAAUUCCUCUUUCUCGUCUCGCCUGCCCUCACGCAGAGAAGCCCACUGGGAAAAACGUCGCCAUGUUCGAAAAGCGCAAACAGAAUCAGAGAUUGUGAUGCCUGAUCUUUUUACCGCCUGCUGUUUCCCUGCAGCCCCGCGGCUUCGAUGAGGCGAAGCCAGGUCAGGCAGCGGUGACGGAGCAGCUUCAAACUGUCAAACUUUAUCACUCUAAAACUUCAACCUUCAUGAAGAAGAACCUUAAGGCAAGAAGGGAAUUUCAUUCUCUUUGAAUCGUCUUUACAGUAAACAUGAUUGCUGCGUAUGCUGCCUUCAAGUGCAAUCAGAAAUCAAAGUUGUAUAAAAAAUGUUGUUAAAUUGUC